CCAUUUUCCUCCUCCGAGUUCGUAUAUAAAUCCAAUCACAACCAAACCCUGAAAACCCUAGCUCCUCUUUUCUCAGACCCGCCUCAAGUCCUCCAAGCUCAAGGUAAUGGCUCCAAAACAGCCAAAUACUGGCCUCUGUGUGGGCGCAAAUAGAGGCCAUAUUGUGACUAAGAAAGAAUUGGCUCCUCGUCCCUCUGAUCGCAAAGGAAAAACCAGUAAAAGAGUCCUCUUUGUGAGGAACUUGAUCAGGGAAGUUGCUGGGUUGGCACCAUAUGAGAAGAGGAUCACUGAGCUUCUUAAAGUUGGAAAGGAUAAGCGUGCUUUGAAAGUUGCCAAAAGAAAGUUGGGCACUCACAAGAGGGCAAAGAAGAAGCGUGAGGAAAUGUCUAACACACUCCGCAAGAUGAGGUCUGGUGGAGGUGGAGAAAAGAAAAAGUGAUCUUACUACCUCAAUCUCAAGUAGAGGGUCUUGUUAUUAGAGUUGUGUUCAGCUUAUUCAAUCUCUUUAGUGAGGCUGUUUUGAAUUUUUAAGUCUUGUUUCAAAUGAGAUUUGAGAAUGCUAAGUACUUUAUUCCCAUUUAUUUUGUUUUUCAGAAUUUAGAUGUGGCCUACUGUUAUGGUAGGACAUUGAUCUUUUAUUAAUGUUGUUUUACAGUUAGCUUU